UGGGGUCAGGCCCCGGGGGAAGGCCGCACUUGUUUCCUCGUCGCCGACCGAGAGCAGCUGGACGUUGGCUUCGGGAAGGGGCAUGGCGACUUGGCCGCAUCAGGACUCAGGAUUUUUCUGGAAACCCCCCUGGUAAGUGUCAAGGAAGAGAGACACUGUGACCCAAGACAUUUUACAUCUCCAGCCAAAGAAAUAAAACUCAAGGGGAGGGAGAAAGUGAGGAAAAAAGCCAUCAGUUGUCCUUGAGAACAGCCGAGUGGAGUCAUCUAAUGUCAGUGAGGAAGGGAAGGUGAAGUGACUGUAAGUGAACUGUGGGGUCAGUAAAUCACAUGAGACUCUUGAUAUUGGGCCUGAGUUAGGAGGAACAUUUGUACUUUCAGAGGGGAGGUGAUGAGAACUGAAAGUGAAUGUGGUCUGGAACCUGCAUUCAGCUUCACUCAGAGGGCUUUCCUUCAGGGGUGUUGGUGAGCACUGACCCUGUGUUCUACCAGGGUUGGCUACAAGGUUUGGCACUAAGGAGCGUGACUUACUGGCUGAGCAGUGGCCUUGAUUUAUAUUCUGGAAGAUUUAAAAACUGAAAAGAAUAAACAUUCUGGUCAUUCAGCAAUGCUUUCUCUGAAGAAAUAUUUAACAGAAGGACUCCUCCAGUUCACCAUUCUACUAAGUUUGAUUGGGGUGCGGGUGGACGUGGAUACUUACCUGAACUCGCAACUCUCUCCACUCCGGGAGAUCAUCCUGGGGCCCAGUUCUGCCUACACACAGACCCAGUUCCACAAUCUGAGGAAUACCUUGGAUGGCUAUGGAAUCCACCCGAAGAGUGUAGACCUGGACUAUUACUUCACAGCCCGGAGGCUUCUUAACCAGGUGAGGGCCCUGGACAGGUUUCAGGUGCCUACCACAGAGGUGAAUGCCUGGCUGGUCCAUAGAGAUCCUGAGGGCUCAGUGUCUAGCAGCCAACCCAGCUCAGGCCUUGCUCUGGAGAGUGCCAGUAGCCUCCAGGAUGUGACAGGUUCCGAAAGUGGGGUACGAGAAAGUGAAGCUGAACAGGGAUUCGGGGAAGAGUUGGAAGAUCUUGGGGCCGUGGCUCCUCCAGUCAGCGGAGAGUUAACCAAAGAGGACAUUGAUCUGAUUGACAUCCUUUGGCGACAGGACAUUGAUCUGGGUGCAGGGAGAGAGAUAUUUGACUAUAGCCAUCGCCAGAAAGAAAGUGAAGUGGACAAGGAGCUGAGAGAUGGGGGGGAAUGUGGGGACAGCUGGCCAGAUGAAGGGACUGAGACCCUGGCUCGAAACCUGCUAGUGGAUGGAGAGACGGGGGAAAGCUUCCCUGCACAGGUACCUGGUGGGGAAGACCAGACAGCCCUGUCCCUGGAGGAGUGCCUUAGGCUGUUGGAAGCCACCUUCCCCAAAGGGGAGGAGUCUGAGUUUCCAGCUGCAGAUGUUUCCAGUAUAACAGAAGCAGUGCCUAAUGAGAGUGAGUCCUCAGCUAUUCAGAACAAUCUCCUGUCCCCACUUCUGACAGAGACAGAAUCUCCAUUUGAUUUGGAACAGCAGUGGCAAGACCUCAUGUCAAUCAUGGAAAUGCAGGCUAUGGAAGUGAACACAGCAACAAAUGAAAUCCUGUACAGUGCCACAACUGGAGACUCACUGAGCACCAAUUACAGCCUCGCUCCCAGCACUCCCAUCAACCAGAAUGUCAGCCUGCAUCAGGCGACCCUGGGGAGCUGCGCCCAGGACUUCUCACUCUUCAGCCCAGAGAUUGAAAGCCUUCCUGUGGCUGGUGGAUCAGCCCUGCUCCAGUUAGCCCCCAAUAAUUCCACCAGCCUCAACUCCACCUUUGGUUCCACCAACCUGACAGGGAUCUUUUUUCCUCCUCAGCUCAACAGCACAGCCAAUGAGACAGCCAGCCCUGAGCUGCCUGACCCUUUGGGUGGCCUGUUGGAUGAAGCCAUGUUGGAUGAGAUCAGCUUGAUGGAUUUGGCCAUUGAAGAAGGUUUUAACCCUGUGCAGGCCUCACAGCUCGAGGAGGAGUUUGACUCUGACUCGGGACUUUCCCUGGACUCGAGCCAUAGCCCUGCCUCUCUGAGCAGCUCAGAAGGCAGCUCCUCUGCCUCAUCUUCUGCCUCAUCCUCUGCCUCUUCCUCCUUUUCAGAGGAAGGUGCUGUGGGCUACAGCUCUGACUCUGAGAAUCUGGAUUUGGAAGAGGCUGAGGGGGCUGUGGGUUACCAACCUGAAUACACCAAGUUCUGUCGCAUGAGCUACCAGGACCCCUCCCAGCUCUCCUACUUACCCUUCCUGGAGCAUGUGGGGCACAAUCAUACCUACAACAUGGCCCCUGGUGCCCUGGAUGCGUCAGACCCCCAACUCCCUGGGGCCCUUAAGAAGGGCAGUAGAGAGAAGCAGGCCGACUUCUUGGACAAGCAGAUGAGCCGGGAUGAGCACCGGGCCCGAGCCAUGAAGAUCCCCUUCACAAAUGACAAAAUCAUUAACCUGCCAGUGGAGGAGUUCAAUGAGCUGCUGUCCAAGUACCAGCUGAGCGAGGCCCAGUUGAGUCUCAUUCGAGACAUCAGGCGCCGAGGCAAAAACAAGAUGGCAGCACAGAAUUGUCGUAAACGGAAACUGGACACUAUCCUUAACCUGGAGCGGGAUGUGGAGGACCUGCAGCGGGACAAGUCCAAGCUGCUCAGGGAAAAGGUGGAGUUCCUCAAGUCCCUGCGCCAGAUGAAGCAGAAAGUGCAGAGUCUGUACCAGGAAGUGUUUGGGCGGCUGCGGGACGAGAACGGGCAGCCCUACUCCCCCACGCAGUAUGCCCUGCAGUAUGCCGGGGAUGGCAGCGUCAUCUUGAUACCCCGCACACUAGCUGACCAGCAGGCCAGGCGCCAGGAAAGGAAGCAGAAAGACAGGAGGAAGUGAGCCUGCCUGCGGAGGAGGGGGACAAAGCUCACUCUGAUAGAAACUGGAGAAAGGCUGUGCCUGGAAGUGCUGGAGGAACUUUGAUGCCUCUUAUCCAAUAUAUCUUCUCAGACAUGACAACUGCCGGUCAGUGUACAGGAAGAUGGGCGGGCCCUGCACUGUUUGACUCUGUUCGCCCUUCCCCCUCCUCCGUCUCCACAGCUGGGGCCGAGGGCACCACGGGGCUCACGGGAGGGAUAGAGGCUCACCCACAUCCAUUUUUUUGGAGGGCAGGGAUGGAGCUGGCAUUGCUGGGGGUGGGAAGAAGCUGAAAGGUGAGUGCCAUUGUGGGUGAUAAAGGAAGAGCCUUGUGAAAAAGGGAUAAAGGAAAAAACACCCCAAAAAAUCAAAGCGGGAAGAAAACUAUGGGGAAGCCUAAGCUGGGAUUCCAGGCUGUGGGUUUUUGUGACUGAGUCUUGGUCUUCUAUGUGAGUAAACCCCACUUCACCCUGGUUAA